GCAGGCGACGUGACGUCACACGCGCGCCGUUCUUCCUUGCGGAUUUUCGCGGGGCGGCUGGGUACAAGGCUUUUGGCCGUUACUGCGAGUUGGACACGGCCCGCUCUCCGAGGCCCGGUGACAUGCUGCAGAAGCCGAGGGGCCGCGGCCGGCCCAGCACCCAGGUCGAUAGGGAGCGGGAGUGGGGAGGCGCCGGCGAGGAGGCGCCCAGCACGUCCCGCGGCACGGGCGGCACGGGCAGCGCGUCCCAGGGCUCCCGCGCCUCCCUGUCGGCCCCCGCCGUGGGGCCGCGCACCCAGAAGCAACUGGAGCUGAAGGUGGCCGAGCUGGUGCAGUUCUUGCUGAUCAAGGACCAGAAGAAGAUUCCCAUCAAGCGCACCGACAUCCUGAAGCACGUGGUGGGCGACUACCGGGACGUGUACCCCAACCUGCUGAGGCUGGCCGCCGAGCGCCUGCAGUACGUGUUCGGGUACAAGCUGGUGGAGCUGGAGCCCAAGAGCCACACCUACAUCCUUAUCAACAUGCUGGAGCCCGUGGAGGAGGACGCGGAAGUGAGAGGCGAUCAGGGCACACCCACCACCGGCCUGCUCAUGAUAGUCCUGGGGCUCAUCUUCAUGAAAGGCAACACCAUCACCGAGACUGAGGUCUGGGACUUCCUGCGACGGCUCGGGGUGUACCCCACUAAGAAGCAUUUAAUUUUCGGUGACCCAAAGAAACUCAUUACUGAAGACUUUGUGCGGCAGCGCUACCUGGAGUACCGGAGGAUACCCCACACCGAUCCCGUGGACUAUGAGUUACAGUGGGGCCCGCGAACCAACCUGGAAACCAGCAAGAUGAAAGUUCUUAAGUUUGUGGCCAAAGUCCAUAAUCAGGACCCCAAAGACUGGCCUACACAAUACUGCGAGGCCUUGGCGGAUGAGGAGAACAGGGCCAGACCUGCAGCUAGUGGUCCAACCACUUCCUCUUGAACUCUUGAGGUGCAGUCUGAGGAACUCCCGAAAUCCAGGAUAAAAGAACGGGAAAGGGGGAUUGGUGGAAGCUUGAUUCUGCUAGGCAUAAAUAUCUUGUAGCGUUAGGAUGUUGUGCAGGGUUUUGAUGUUUUAUUAUGGUUUGGAGCUUUACUUUUUCAUUGCUAAAGAGAUGGAAGAAAAAAAUGCAUUGUCUAUUGUUUAAAGAGUUAUCCAGCUUUCUAAACAUUGCUGGAAAAUUGUAUGAUGUCAGACAUUUACAAAAGAACACUUAGGUAAAUCGCUUUGAUGCUCUUCCAGAAGAAAAAGAAGCAAGGUAGCCAUUGUCUCUAAAUUACUCUAGUUCACGAGAAAAGAAAAGUCUGUUUAAAAUUGAAAAUAGAAGUACAAUUGUUUUAGCUUCAUGUCAACACAACUUUAAAAAUGCAUAUUCUGUAUGGGUAUGAGCACUGUGUGGUUCCAAACAAUCUAUAUGAUGUGUUCUCUGACAUUUUUAUAUUCACAGUUAUUACUGUUACCCUAUGAAUACCAUUUACGUUUUUUUCUAUUUAUAAUAAAUACUGUGCUUUUGAGUCA